AUGGAGCUCGUAAACAGCAAACCUAAUAGCUCCGAGUUCUACUGUCAUGUACAUCGAAAAGAACUGGAACAUGCAAACCCGGACAUUAAGUUAGCAGGAUUUGUUUUGAAUUCAGCUAUCAUUGAGGAAUGUGCUACGGUUGAAGCAGUGAUCUUAUAUGCGAAGUGGGCUUUGAAAUAUGACAUUCCAAAGUUCCAUGUAAUUCAUCAGAGAGGCCUGAAACUUUUCAAGGAUGCUGAAUUGGACCAAUUUAUUGUGGAGUGGACAAAACUUGUACAAAAUGUGGCUAGAGAAGCAAUGGAGCAUGAUUGUGAUGAAACCGAUAAAAAGGUCCAGGCGAAAUCGGUUCGUGAGGAGGUUCCUUCAAGGGAGGAAAAGAGGUGUUUGGUUGAUGAGGAUGAAGCCAAGGAAAAGGAGCCGAAAAAAUCUACCAAACGGAAAAGCAUGUCACGAAAGAGAAAUCCAGCAAAGUUGUCCAAAUUGCGGUAG